GAGAGAAUAUUAAUAAUUAAUGUUUCUCAGUUUGCCAUUUUAGAAACUUUUAGGAAAAAUCUUUUGAUACUGAUUUAUUUUUCCUUUCAGGCUCAUUGAUCCUCAGACACAAGUCACUCGACUCAGGUUCCCUCUGUCCAGUGUGGUUCAGUGUUCGUCCCAUCAGGACAACAAGAGGCUGUUUGGUUUCGUUUUGCAGUCGGCAAGCGAGCGGGGAGACAGCCGAGCCGUCUGCUACAUCUUCGAGUCCAACAACGACGGAGAGAAGGUGGUCUGUGUUCAUCUGUUAGUCCCACUGUCUCACACUCGGUCUGCUCCGUCUGAUUCGUUUGUCUUCUCCCUCUGUUUCAGAUCUGUGACAGCAUCGGUCUGGCCAAGCAGAUAGCCUUCCACUCUGAGAUGGACCGGAAGGCGGUGGAGAAGAGGAAGGAGCAGGACAAGGCCAAAGAGAAACAGCAGGAGGAACUCAGCAAACAGAGACAGAUCGAGAAGGAUCUGGAGGAGCAGAGCCGUUUGAUCGCCGCCUCGAGUCGCCCCGCUAACCCGCCCGGCUCUGAUGGACAAUUCCUAGUGCUUAGCAACAGCCAAUCGGAGGACAGCGACGCCGGGGAGGAGGGGAAGAAGAGGGGCGAGUCUGAAGCCUAACAAAGCUGAUGGAGGAUGCAUGUUUUUACCACCCAGGCAAGUCUCAGCCGGUACUGUCAAAGCAACGCCCACCCGCCCAGGUUGCUUGGGACGGAAACAUGCGCUCCCUCCCUGCUGGACUCUGUUUGAAGUUUUGUUGUGGAGCCUGUCACUCUGAAAACGGAGGAUAAACUAAACGCACCCUCACUAUAAGAGGAGGAGGGGAGCAGGCGUGGAAACGUCUCGGCACAGACUUGAGUUUUAUUCUGUGUGUAAAAAAAAAAAAAAAAACGCUGCUUUUUAUACCGGCUCCACAGAUAUAGAUUAACCUGUAAGUUUCAGUUUUUUAUGUUUAUUUUAUAAAAAAAAAAAGAAAAAAAGAAGAGCUAACAGCAAUGACAGAGGAUUUAAAGCAAAGCAUGUCCGGAAUAAUGAACCAGAUCUGAAGGAGACGAGGAGAAGUUGACCACUAGGAGACCCCGAAGAGCAGCGGGACUCAGUGUGGUUGGGAGAGAAAGUGUGAGACACGAUAUUUUAAAACGAGAGAGAGGGAGAGCGCAUAGAGUCUUAUUUUGAAGAGUUCUUCCUGUUGUGAUGUGUUCAUCGACUGACCGUUUUUCAAAGCGUCCUGCAACCUUUUUUUUUUUAUCUUUAUCUUUAUCCUUCCUUCCAAGUAGUCGCUGGUUUUCACUCAUUUCACUGCAGAAUGAAAAUCAACUCAAAGUCUUAAAAGCUCAGCGAUCAGUCGAUCAAUUGAUUAGUCGAUCGUCAAAAUAAUUCCUGUGAUUAAUCAUCAUUUAGGUUGUUUUUAAUGAAAUUGGCAAAUAUGUCUCUAUUUGUCUAUCAAUUGGAAAUACGAUCAGCAAAUCAACAGAAUAUAAAAAUAAUUGUUGGUUGCAGCCCUAUUGAUGUCAUUAUUGGCUGAUUUAUUGAUGAGACUGAUCGGAAAAGUCUUGCGUUGUCUCAUUAGAACAGAAGCAAAGUCUCUGCGAGCUGAUUUUCAUAGUUUACAAAGAUGAACUGAAGGCAGCGGCUGCGUGGGUUCAGAGCUCUACAUCGUGUGUUCACGCGUCAGGUUGGGGAAAUGUUUUUAUCAGACUUAUUAAGACUGGAGAUCAUUAAAUCAGUUCUUUAGAGUGUUUAGGCCUCGGAAACACAGACACUGUUGGCGGUAACUGUUGCUACGGAUACUGUAAACGCAAUUAUCUGCUGUUUUAAAAUACUGACCACUGACAUUCAGCAGUGGUUAAAUUCUUCUUCUCUAGCCACAGUGAAAAGAGUUAGAGACAGUUAUUUCAAAAUUAUGUUUUAAAAACAAUGCUGAAUCGUAAAAUUGAGAUUUAAGCUACAAAUGUUAUAAUGCAGGGACUCUGUAAAGCCCCAAUCAAGUCACUCAUCUACACAAAAACAUGUUUCCCCCUAUAGUAUGUCAUAUGAGAAGAAGGAGCCCCAAUAAUAAAACACUACAGACUUUAUAUUACAGUUUGUUCUAAUAAAAGAAAAACACAGAGGAAAAAGGAUCUAUCAGGGACUUUUAAUGCCAAUAUUAACUUUUUUAAGAUCCAGAAUAAUUUAGUUUUUCUGUAUUUGUUGACGUAAUUGUAGAAAAACAACAUAUCAUUAAUGCUUUUGUCCCAGUUUGUUUGCAGUGUGGUUCCUGCCUCUUACUAAACGAACAGUUAACGCUCUCCCUUCUCGGUGCGUCUGGGAUGUGAAACACUGCUCUGACGUAUCGGAGGUCCGUCAACACGAGCACAAAUCUGAUCCGACGAUCUCGCAUUUAUUUGAAAACGAA